AUGUGGGGUGAGGUGUAGUCAGGCGGGUUAGUGACUCAAGGUGAGACAGCGUAUGUGUGUGUGCGUGCGCGCGAGCGUCUGCCAGGAACCCUGUUUAUAAAUAGCCCUGCCUACACUACUGCAUCGUGGGAUGCUGAGGCAAAUUGUGUGGAGGCUGUGCUCUUUGCAGUGUGUGAGAUAAUUUGCUGUUUCUUAUGAGGGAAGAAGAACAUAUAUUUUGAGGCUGUGCCACCGUACUGUUUCAAAAUUGAGAGAACAGAUUUCAAAAAGCUUUAGCUUGCUUAAUUUGCAUCCAAAUUGAAAAAGUAUUUCUUAUUAGGCUUAUUUGUCACCAAAAUAGCCCAUGCCGCAUCUCUGUUGAUUUAAUUGUAUUCUCUCAAAAGUCCUCCAUGUGAAACUAAAGUAAAAUAUUACAUACAUUUUUUGAAUUGCAAAAACUAACUUCAAAAUAAGUUCUGACAUACAGUGGCUUGCGAAAGUAUUCACCCCCCUUGGCAUUUUUCCUAUUUUGUUGCCUUACAACCUGGAAUUAAAAUAGAUUUGUAUCAUUUCAUUUACACAACAUGCCUACCACUUUGAAGAUGCAAAAUAUUUUUUCUUGUGAAACAAACAUGAAAUAAGACAAAGAAAACAGAACUUGAGCGUGCAUAACUAUUCACCCCCCCCCCCCCCCCCCCCCCCUUCCCCCAAAGUCAAUACUUUGUAGAGCUUUUGCAGCAAUUACAGCUGCAAGUCUCUUAGGGUAUGUCUCUAUAAGCUUGGCACAUCUAGCCACUGGGAUUUUUGCAAAACUGCUCCAGCUCAUUCAAGUUGGAUGGGUUUCGCUGGUGUACAGCAAUCUUUAAAUCAUACCACAGAUUCUCAAUUGGAUUGAGGUCUGGGCUUUGACUAGGCCAUUCCAAGACAUUUAAAUGUUUCCCCUUAAACCACUCAAGUGUUGCUUUAGCAGUAUUCUUAGGGUCAUUGUCCUGCUGGAAGGAGAACCUCCGUCCCAGUCUCAAAUCUCUGGAAGACUGAAACAGGUUUCCCUCAAGAAUUUCCCUGUAUUUAGCGCCAUCCAUCAUUCCUUCAAUUCUGACCAGUUUCCCAGUCCCUGCCUAUGAAAAACAUCCCCAUAGCAUGAUGCUACCACCACCAUGCUUUACUGUGGGGAUGGUGUUCUCAGGGUGAUGAGAGGUGUUGGGUUUGCGCCAGACAUAGCGUUUUCCUUGAUGCUUUUCUGCAAAGGGGACAGGACGACUGCACCGUAUUGAGGGGAGGAUGGAUGGGGCCAUGUAUCGCGAGAUCUUGGCCAACAACCUCCUUCCCUCAGUAAGAGCAUUGAAGAUGGGUCGUGGCUGGGUCUUCCAGCAUGACAACGACCCGAAACACACAGCCAGGGCAACUGAGGAGUGGCUCCGUAAGAAGCAUCACAAGGUCCUGGAGUAGCCUAGCCAGUCUCCAGACCUGAACCCAAUAGAAAAUCUUUGGAGGGAGCUGAAAGUCCGUAUUGCCCAGCGACAGCCCCGAAACCCGAAGGAUCUGGAGAAGGUCUGUAUGGAGGAGUGGGCCAAAAUCCCUGCUGCAGCGUGUGCAAACCUGGUCAAGACCUACAGGAAACGCAUGAUCUCUGUAAUUGCAAACAAAGGUUUCUGUACCAAAUAUUAAGUUCUGCUUUUCUGAUGUAUCAAAUACUUAUGUCAUGCAAUAAAAUGCAAAUUAAUUACUUAAAAAUCAUACAAUGUGAUUUUCUGGAUUUUUGUUUUAAAUUCUGUCUCUCACAGUUGAAGUGUACCUAUGAUAGAAAUUACAGACCUCUACAUGCUUUGUAAGUAGGAAACACUGCCGAUUUUGCAGGUUAUCAAAUACUUGUUCUCCCCACUGUAGGUGGACUUUAUUUAACUAAUUAUGUGACUUCUGAAGGUAAUUGGUUGCACCAGAUCUUAUUUAGUGGCUUCAUAGCAAAGGGGGUGAAUACAUAUGCACUCACCACUUUUCCGUUAUUUAUUUUUUAGAAUUUUUUGAAAUAAGUUAAUUUUUUCAUUUCACUUCACCUAUUUGGACUAUUUUGUGUAUGUCCAUUACAUGAAAUCCAAAUAAAAAUCCAUUUAAAUUACAGGUUGGAAUGCCUACAAAAUAGGAAAAACGCCAAGGGGGAUGAAUACUUUUGCAAGGCACAUUACACAUUGCAGUAAUGUAGUGCCGAGCCAUAUCUCUGGUUAUAAGGAACUGAAUCUGCCUUGUUAUAGGUUAGGUUUGGGGGAUUGCUAUAGUCUAGCAGUGAUUGGUGUUGGUGGGCAGGCUGUACUGUAGGCCUACUCUUUUGAGACACAUUAGGCUAAGCUACAGUGCAUUCAGAAAGUAUUCAGACCCCUUGACUUUUUCACAUUUUGUUACGUUACAGCCUUAUUCUAAAAUGUAUUAUUAUUAUUAUAUAUUAUUUAUAUCUACACACAAUACCCAAUCAUGACAAAGCAAAAACAGGUUUUUAGAAAUGUGUGCUAAUGUAUUAAAAGUGGCUUCUGUCUGACCACUCUACCAUAAAGGCCUGAUUGGUGGAGUGCUGCAGAGAUGGUUGUCCUUCUGGAAGGUUCUCCCAUCUCCACAGAGGAACUCUGGAGCUCUGUCAGAGUGACCAUUGGGUUCAUUGGGUUCUUCACCUCCCUGACCAAGUCCCUUCUCCCCCGAUUGCUCAGUUUGGCUGGGCAGCCAGCUCUAGGAAGAGUCUUGGUCAUUCCAAACUUCUUCCAGAAAUGAUGGAGGCCACUGUGUUCUUGGGGACCUUCAAUGCUGCAGAAAUAUUUUGGUACCCUUUUCCAGAUCUGUGCCUCGACACAAUCCUGUCUCGGAGCUCUACGGACAAUUCCUUCGACCUCAUGGCUUGGUUUUUGCUCUGACAUGCACUGUCAACUGUGGGACCUUAUAUGGGUCCUCUGUAGCUCAGUUGGUAGAGCAUGGCGCUUGCAACACCAGGGUUGUGGGUUCGUUUCCCACGGGGGGCCAGUAUGAAAAUGUAUGCACUCACUAACUGUAAGUCGCUCUGGAUAAGAGCGUGUGCUAAAUGACUAAAAUGUAAAAAAAUGUAUAUAGACAGGUGUGUGCCUUUCCAAAUCAUGUCCAAUCAAUUACAUUUACCACAGGUGGACUCCAAUCAAGUUGUAGAAACAUCUCAAGGAUGAUCAAUGGAACAGGAUGUAGCUUAGCUCAAAUUGAGUCUCAUAGCAAAUAAGGUAUCUGUUUUUUUAUAAGUUUGCAAGAAUUUCUAAAAACCUGUUUUCUCUUUGUUGUUAUGGGGUAUUGUGUUUAGAUUGAUGAGGAAUGUUUUUUAUUUAAUCAAUUUUAAAAUAAGGCUGUAACAUAACAAAAUGUGGAAAAAGUCAAGGGGUCUGAAUACUUUCUGAAUGCACUGUAUACUGUAUAUGUGUAUAUACACUGAACAUUUUUACAUUUUAGUCAUUUAGCAGACGCCAUCCAGAGCGACUUACAGUUAGUGAAUGCAUACAUGUUUUUUGUUUGUUUUCAUACUGGCCCCCGUGGGAAAUGAUCCCACAUCCCUGCCGGCCAAACCCUCCCCUACCUUGGACGACGCUGGACCAAUUGUGCACCGCCCAUGGGUCUCCCGGUCGCGGCCGGCUGCGACAGAGCCUGGACUCAAACCAGGAUCUCUAGUGGCACAGCUAGCACUGCGAUGCAGUGCCUUAGACCACUGCCCCACUCGGGUGCACACCUUCCUAAUAUUGAGUUGCACCCAUGCUGGCCCAUGUUGCUGGCCCAUGUUGACUCCAAUGCUUCCCACAGUUGUGUGAAGUUGGCUGGAUGUCCUUUGGGUGGUGGACUAUUCUUAGUACACACAGGAAACUUUGAGCGUGAAAAACCCUGCAGCGUUGCAGUUAUUGAAACACUCAAACCGGUGCGCCUGGCACCUACUACCAUACCCUGUUCAAAGGCACUUAAAUAUUUUCUCUUGCCCAUUCAUUCUCUGAAUGGCACACAUACACAAUCCAUGUCUCAAUUGUCUCAAGGCUUAAAAAUCAAUCUUUAACCUGUCUCCUCCCCUUCACCUACACUGAUUGAAGUGGAUUUAACAAUCGACUUCAAUAAGGGAUCAUAGCUUUCACCUGGUCAGUCUGUCAUGGAAAGAGCAGUUAUUCUUAAUGUUUUGUACACUUAAUGUAUAGAGCCAUGUCAUCAUGGAAUGCUCUGCCACCAGAGGUUACUCAGGCAAAAAGCAAGUUUAGCUUUAAAUAACUGAUUGAAAAAAAACAUAUUGUAUCAGAGCGCCUCUCAUCUUUCUAAAGAUAUAAUUGAACUGUACUGUAUAUAAGAAUAUGAAUAUGCAUAUAUGAUUGUGUGUAAAUAGUAUUUUUGUUGUCUCUUGGUGUCUUUUCAAUAUAUAACUCUUAUUUGUUGUUCUUGUCUAUAACAGUUCUGUACGUUGUUCAUGUAUUUGUACGUUUUAUGUGGACCCCAGGAAGAGUAGCUGCUGCAUGUGCAGUGGCUAAUGGGGAUCCUAAUAAACAUAACUAAGCUGUGACUGUUUCACUCAAUGUUCCAGAGGUAGAUUCUCAAGAGUAGGGCACUAAGGACACAGUACUCUUUCACGGGCUAUUUCUCCUCUUUUUUAGAGCAGGGGUAAGCAACUGAGGUCCGAGGGCCUCAUUGCUUGGUGGUAGCACACUUUUCCUCCAGCCCAGCAUUAACCAACCUAACACACUAGUUUCCCUGUUUUUCUGCAGAGUUUGAACAGCUGCAGUGCAGACAGAUUUUGAUUUCAGAUAAUCUAUAUUGAUAGACCUGUGAUUGAGACCUAACACUUAGCUUUGAAAUGUGACAGGCUUUCAGAAUGAUGUCGCACGCAAGCCAUAGCACCUCUCCACAACAUUCCUUGUGAAAUGUGUUGUCAAACUUGAUUUCUGAUAUGCCACCACUUCUACUGAUGAGAGAGUGGAGACUUUAGUCCUCCUUUUGAGUUGGAUGUAUCUCUGUGUACCCUACCUCUAGACAACUUGCAGCGCUAGUGUCUGACCGGUCAGCAUGAGUGCUGCCUACACAGCGAGAGCAUCUGCAUCUAGGAGAGUGGUUGAUGGACUCUGUCACUGAACCUGACUAGACUGAGUUUGAGUAGUGAAGAUACAGUAGUUGUAUCACAGAGUUUCUAAACCCAGAGGCACAACAUCGCGAGACUUUCGGGAACGCUUGCGAAGCAGACGAAACAGACCAGGCCGGGAUUUGAGAUGUCUAUGAGAGAAGUGAAAAGUUCUUCCUUAGUUGUUAAUCUUCUCUAAAUCUAAAGGCACAACCUAGAUUCGAGGCAUUGUCUUAGGUAGUUGAACAUGUUAUUACUCCAACCUCGUGAAAGUGACAAACUGACACAUUUUCAUUUUUGUCAAAAACAACUUUAUAUCAAAGGAGUGCUUUUGAUUUGACGGCCUGCACAUGCGCAGUUCGGCGCGAGACGACCGUUAGACCCGAUGAUGUGUUUCUACGCAUUAACGUAGCUAUCCAACCUUACCAUAACAUCACCUACAAGUGUGAUCUGGGAUUUCUAUUGGAGAAGCAGUUUCUGCCCAUCUUCAUACUGUCUUUGAUUGUAUCCAAAGACCUAUACGUUUCUUGGUUUUCGUUAAAGUGAUAGUUUACUCAAAGUUGUUCUCUCAAAAAUCUAAGUUUGUCCGAUGCUUUUCAGACCUCAUACGUGGUCUAAUGACAUGAGUCCAUGUCCCACACCAUCUGUUGUAUAGCCUAAAUGAAAAAGUUAACUAUCCUACUACUUGCUGUUUAGAGCUGGAGUAUGUCCCUUGUACUAUAUAGCCUAUAUGUGUCGCCUAAGAGUUGUUCCUGAUCUAACCAGACUGUUAUGUGUUAUCGCAGCUGUUUCCCCUGCUGACAACCUGCAGCGUUUGGAGGACAAGGAGGACUCGGAGUUGGCCAAUGGACCAGAGUCUGCCAACACCUGAGCUCUGAACAGGUGAGCACCAUCAUCAUCUCCAUCAUGUCCAUCCAUGCCUACACACCUGAUUCAACUGAGUCUAGCCAGUCAGCCUGCCAGGCCCUGCUGGUAUGCAGCUGCAGCAGCCUCCUGAGCCACAGCACCAGCCUCCCUCGAACUAGACUACUUCAUCUUAGUCAGUCUAUUGGACCAGAUCUAUCAAUUACAAAAUAAUGUUAGUGUAGGGCAGACACAUUUGUGGUUCAAUAUGCUUAUGAUUUGCCAAAAUAUAGCCUACCUUUUGUGAUUUGGUAUGCUUGUUAUGGCUAGGCCUAUAUUACUAUGUAGCCUAUCUACAGUGCAAUCUGCUUCCUAGUGCUGAUUAGGCUAUCCUGUGUACAGCAGCUGUAAUACAGAAUGUUAAUAAGUGUGUCUUAGAGAGUGUAUUCAUGCAGUAGAAGACCUAGCACGUCCGCUGAUCUUGAUGAUAUUGGGAUAGGAUUUGCAUAGAUAAUUGUGUUCACAUUAGCCUGUCUCGAUAGCUUAAAAUCAGUACGGAUAAGCAAUAGACUAUCUAGGCUAUCGACUCCAUUACAACUAGGUGCUUGAUAGAAUACGAUAUCUCUAAAUGCUUUUCCAGAAGAGAGUGGUCCACCAUAACCAAUGCAGAAUUAGCCAACAGUGGCAGUAAAGUUUAAGAAAUGCACUGUAUGAUUCAAUUAGUCUUACACCGACUAGUCUCUGCAUUCACCCAGACCAGUUUGAGUAAAUAAACAUUACUGCUAGCGUGAAUAAAGCUGUCGAAGGUGAUGUGCUGGCAGCAUGCAGCAUUGUAAAGAAGUGUCUGUGCUGAACAAACUGUCCCAAAACAGCCUCCCUCUGCAAUCCCUAUAGCAAUGUCUGUCAGCAGCCGUUAGGCCUGCUGAUGGUGGGAUCACAUUCACCUAGCCUGCGUGUGUGUGGAGAGAGGGGUGUGCCUGCAUGCAUGUGUGUGUGGAGGAGGGGGGAGGUUUGUGUGUGUGUGUGUGUGUGUGUGUGUGUGUGUGUGUGUGUGCGAGAGCAAGAGCAAGAGAGGAGAGGGAGGGGGGAGAGAGGGGAGGAGAGAGGAAGAGAGGGUCAGCAUUCAUUUAGAGAGAGGGCCAUCAAAUCACCCAGGGUGAGAGCACACAUAGCCCCACUACACAUAAACAGUACACGUAUGAAAAAGUGAAUUAUGUCCUGAUACUGGAGACCUACAGGGUGUGUAGGCUUUGGUUCUACACUCCUAGAAAAAAGGGUUCCAAAGGGGUUCUUCAGCUGUCCCCAUAGGAGAACCCUUUUUGGUUCCAGGUAGAACCCUUUUUUGUUCCAGGUAGAACUCUUUUGGAUUCCAUGUAGAACCCUCUGUGGAAAGGGUUCUACAUGGAACCAAAAAGGGCUCUACCUGGAACCGAAAGGGUUCUACCUGGAACAAAAAAGGGUUCUUCAAAGGGUUCUCCUAUGUGGACAGCCGAAUAACCCUUUUAGGUUCUAGAUAUAACCUUUUUUUCUAAGAGUGUAGCCCACCACUAACACAUCUGAUGAAUCUAAUCAAGGACUUGAUGACUUUAUGCAUGCUAUAUAAAGCCUUUGUAAGUUAGUUUGAAGUGGGACCAAGCCUCAACACCCUGUGGGUUUAGGAAUGAUGAUGUUAUCCAUCAACUUGGUGUAGUACACAGUAUUGUUGAUGAUAGUCUCACUACUUUGCCACAUGAGACUCAGUUUAAAGUGGGUCACUGUGUGUGGUGUGUGUGUGUGUGGUGUGUUAUUCCUAUAGAGACUAUGGUGCGUGUGUAUUUGUGUGUGUGUGUGUGUCUCUCAGUCUCUGUCAUUCUCUGUCUCUCUAGGAAACCCUGCCUGUCUACCCUUUACAUCUGUUUGCCUCUGACCACAGAUGAACACAGAGCCUUUAGUGAUUCAUUCAUAGCUUUACCUCCUUCUGUACCAUCAACAUCGAUUAUCUCAACAUCCAAAAUUAGUAACAUAGGACUGCUAGUAGUCGUAUCAGCGCAAAUAUGCUCUAAUGGAAAAACUGGCAAGUUCCGUCAAACCUUUUUAGCCUACAUUCUCUCCGUUCUUCCAAAGAGUAUCAAAUUAAAUGGACAGAGACUGUCUUUUCCUGUUGUGUAAGAUUGAUCUGAAAUUCUAAACAGUUUUCAGAUUGGAUGGUUGAACGUUUAUUUACGCUGCGGGGACGGUCAAGAUGUAACGGGAUAGCUGCAGUGUACAAGAACAACAUAUCUAUUACAGAUCUAUUGUAGUGUCUGUUGGCUGAAGACACAAAGCCCUGGCUGCCGUCAAUAUCUCCUCAGAGAGAUAGAGAUCAUCCAAAGCCUUGUAUUGAGAUCGAAAAGUAUUGACAGUUCAUAACUGAUCACUGCAAUAUUUUGGGGGAAAUAAAGCAAUUAUUUUCUAUUCUACCCAAAAGUCUACCAUAGACUCUCCCCCCCCCCCCCUCCCAAAAGGGUUGUCUCCAUCCCCCAUUCCUAAAGCACCUUUCUGGGCCUGGAGCCAAGAAAUAACAACCCUCCCCCUUUAAAAACCGGUCCCUGUUAACCCCACUGAGAUGAGAAACCUGGGAAUGACAUUUCUGUUUCCCGUGGUAACAACUUCUGCAUGUGAACUUGAGAUGGAGAAGAAGUAGAUGGCUUGGACCAUGUUUAGAGAACCACACACAGAUGUGAUGGGGUCUUACCUCUGUCGGAGGAAUCCAGUAGAGCAGUGCCAGCACAUAUUCAAUCAAAACCGAUAUCUGGAAGGAAGGCUUGCGUAAAUCUGUAAACAUUUUGGGGAAAUAAGAACACAUGUUUAGGGUCACAGGGUGUCUUUGCAUUAAAGUUAAUUGCAAUUACUUUACAAUGACUUUAAAAUGACAUGAUAAUCUGGCCCAGAUUUUGGCCCACAAUUUCCACUGUCUGUUGCUGAUUUGUGUACAAGACAUUGGCAGAUGGUUAGAGUUCCAAACCCUAUUAAAAUUAAACCGCCAGUUGAAUGACUCAACACUCAGAGACUGUCAUUAUGUGGGGGUAGGGCUGGGCGGGAUACCGUAUUUGACUAUAUACCGGUAUUGAUGCACGGACCAGUUUGGGUUUUUACUUUACCUUCUAUAACGGUAUUUGAAUGUUUGGUUUGUUAAAUGUGAUAUGCCUUGUGUAACGUCCAUUUCUAUAGUUUACUCCCCUACUUGAAUCUUCUCUCUCUGCUCUCUCUCCUUGCCUUUUUUCCACACAGAGCUACCCCCGCCCCCUGUCACUCAAGGAACACAUUUGUUGUUGGUCGACCAUGAGACCCUUGCGUUCAGUCUGCAUGGUCAAUGCAGCACAUGCAACAAUGUUGAUGACUACGAUGCUGUUUCCAUUUAGCUUCUUAAUAUAAAUCCACUGGCGUUCUAUUAUUACACUAUUAGUUUGUGUUUCUUACAUUUGCAAACAGCUAGUUUUUUUUCUUAGCAAGUUGUGGCUAAGUCAUGCUGGCUAGUCAGAGCAAACGUAGCUAGCUAUACAGACUGAUACCAGUAAUGGUGUAGGCCUAAAUCAGCAUGUUGUUUGUGCAACAGUAUCUUCUAAAUCAAAGACGAAUAGGCAAAGCAUGAAUAUGUUAGCUACAUGGAGCAGUUAAGAGAAAACAUUUAAUGUAUAAUCAUUAUUUUUCCAGGAUUCCAACAGUUCACCCAAGUGUUUUGAUCUAAAUCGCAAGUCAAAUCGCAAUUGCAACAUUUGGUUAAAAAUAAGGCCUAGAUUGUUUGCCAAUAUCGUGCAGCCCUACUUGGCAGUGUGGAAAUUAUCUCAUGAGUGCAGGAAAUGCAAAAAUGUAUGAAAAUGCAGAAACAUAUUUUUGGUUGAAGUUUCAUUGAACAAUAUAAAACAAUCAGAAUGGAGAGAGACCCAUUAACUUCUAUUAUUCAAAACAUAAAAUACCAUCAUACCGUCAAAAAAGAUAUAUACUGUGAUAUGAUAUUUUGGCCUUAUCGCCCAACCCUAUGUGGGAGUUUGCAAACAUCUAAGUCUUGAGAAUUAGCGAUAGCAAAACAUUUGUCUAACCCCUUGCAAAUCAAAGCUGACUGUACGUUUUAUUAUCAAGCCAAAGUGAUUGAGGGAGGUGCUUUAGAUCAUUACAGUAUAAUUGAGUAGCCUAGUAGUAACAUUGUGAACUUCAUUGUAGUCUGCAUCCACCAGGCCACCCUUGUUUUGUAAUGAGUUAGGAUUUUGCAUUCAGUACUUCUCUGUGCAUGAUGCAUUAGUCCUGCAGCUAUACUGGAUGAAAGUCUUAUUCUGUCUCACUUCGCCACAGCAAUAACAUUAUUUAACUGAACAUGGGCCUCUAGCCAUAUCAGUGCAGUCAUUCCAUAAUGCCUGACUGCCUAGUACGUAACACCCUCUCGUAUGACCAUCAUGUGUUUGGGGCCUAGGGGUGAAAAGAUACAGUGCCUUGCAAAAGUAUUCAUCCCCCUUGGCAUUUUUCCUAUUUUGUUGCAUUACAAUCUGUAAUUUAAAUGGAUUUUUAUUUGGAUUUCAUGUAAUGGACAUACACAAAAUAAUCAAAAUUGGUGAAGUGAAAUGAAAAAAAUAACUUGUUUCAAAGAAUUCUACAAAAUAAAUAACAGAAAAGUGGUGCGUGCAUAGGUUUUCACCCCCUUUGCUAUGAAGGCCCUAAAUACGAUCUGGUGCAACCAAUUACCUUCAGAAGUCACAUAAUUGGUUAGAUUGCACAUAGGUGGACUUUAUUUAAGUGUCACAUGAUCUCAGUGUAUAUAUACAGCUGUUCUGAAAGGCCCCAGAGUCUGCAACACCACUAAGCAAGGGGCACCACCAAGCAAGCGGCACCAUGAAGAACAAGGAGCUCUCAAACAGGUUAGGGACAAAGUUGUGGGAAGUACAGAUCAGGGUUGGGUUAUAAAACAAUAUCCUAAACUUUGAACAUCCCACGGAUAAUGGAUUAAAUCCAUUAUUAAAACAUUGAAAGAAUAUGGCACCACAACAAACCUGCCAAGAGAGGGCCGCCCACCAAAACUCACGGACCAGGCAAGGAGGGCAUUAAUCAGAGGCAACAAAGAGACCAAAGAUAACCCUGAAGGAGCUGCAAAGCUCCACAGCGGAGAUUGGAGUAUCUGUCCAUAGGACCACUUUAAGCCGUACACUCCACAGAGCUGGGCUUUACGGAAGAGUGGCCAGAAAAAAGCCAUUGCUUAAAGAAAUAAAUAAGCAAACACGUUUGGUGUUCGCCAAAAGGCAUGUGGGAGACUCCCCAAACAUAUGGAAGAAGGUACUCUGGUCAGAUGAGACUAAAAUUGAGCUUUUUGGCCAUCAAGGAAAACGCUAUGUCUGGCGCAAACCCAACACCUGUCAUCACCCCGAGAACACCAUCCCCACAGUGAAGCAUGGUGGUGGCAGCAUAGUUAUGCACGCUCAAGUUCUGUUUUUUUGUCUUGUUUGUUUCACAAUAAAACAUAUUUUGCAUCUUCAAAGUGGUAGGCAUGUUGUGUAAAUCAAAUUAUACAAAAUGCGGUUCUGACAAUGAAGGAUUCCGUUGGGUCAAACAUUCUGAGCAUACUGCUGUUAUGGAUGUGGUCAUUCAGGUCAAAGGGCACUAUGCAUCUCUGUGUUGCUCUAUCAUAAUAAGAUCUAUGGAGAAUAUCAAAUGGAAAAAAUGUAAAUAACAAAUCAUUAAAGAGCAGCAGUAAAAUAACAGUAGCGAGGCUAUAUACAGGGGGUACCGGUACAAAGUCAAUGUGCGGGGGCACAGUUUAGUCGAGGUAAUAUGUACAUUUAGGUAGAGUUAAAGUGACUAUGCAUAGAUAAUAAACAGAGAGUAGGUGCAGCGUAAAAGAGGGGGUGGGUGGGGGGGGAACAAUGCAAAUAGUCCGGGUAGUCAUUUGAUUAGCUUUUCAGGAGUCUUAUGGCUUGGGGGUAGAAGCUGUUAAGAAGCCAUUUGGACCUAGACUUGGCGCUCCGGUACCGCAGUCUAUGACUAGGGUGGCUGGAGUCUGACAAUUUUUAGGGCCUUCCUCUGACACCGCCUGUUAUAGAGGUCCUGGAUGGCAGGAAGCUUGGCCCCAGUGAUGUACUGGGCCGUACGCACUACCCUCUCUGACCUCCUGCCUAUAGGCUGUCUCAUCGUUGUCGGUGAUCAGGCCUACCACUGUUGUGUCAUCAGCAAACUUAAUGAUGGUGUUGGAGUCGUGCCUGGCCAUGCAGUCAUGGGUGAACAGGGAGUACAGGAGGGGACUGAGCACGCACCCCUGAGGGGCCCCAGUGUUGAGGAUCAGCGUGGCAGAUGUGUUGUUACCUACCCUUACCACCUUGGGGCGGCCCAUCAGGAAGUCCAGGAUCCAGUUGCAGAGAGAGGUGUUUAGUCCCAGGGUCCUUAGCUUAGAAUGAGCUUUGAGGGCACUAUGGUGUUGAACGCUGAGCUGUAGUCAUUGAAAAGCAUUCUCACAUAGGUGUUCCUUUUGUCCAGGUGGGAAAGGGCAGUGUGAAGUGCAAUAGAGAUUGCAUAAUCUGUGGAUCUGUUUGGGUGGUAUGCAAAUCAGAGUGGGUCUAGGUUAGCUGGGAUAAUGGUGUUGAUGUGAGCCAUGACCAGCCUUUCAAAGCACUUCAUGGCUACAGGCGUUAGUGCUACGGGUCGGUAGUCAUUUAGGCAGGUUACCUUAGUGUUCUUGGGCACAGGGACUAUGGUGGUCUGCUUGAAACAUGUUGGUAUUACAGACUCAGUCAGGGACAGGUUGAAAAUGUCAGUGAAAACAGGGCUAUUAGAGAGAUGGCCUGUUAAGGAUAAAGACAGGGCACAUGGUAUUAAUUAGGAGGAAUCUGCAUCUUCAGACAGAGGAAGAGGGGGAGAGAAAGAGAUUUGUUUGUGUGCACCCGUCACGUUUAUGUCUGGACUUAUCUGAUAUAGGUACUUUUGGUUUGAUUAACUGAAUCUCGACUGUAGGUAACUGACUGAAAACAAUAUAUCAUACAUUCUCCAUUCUCUAGGAGCUGAUUGAAUGCCUGGAGAAAAAGUACUGAACUCUGUGCUGACAUUAUGCAUAUACAGUACAUACAAUACAAAAUCACUCACCCCCCACUAAACAAGGAGAGUGUUUCAGGGCAGGCAGGGGACAAAAGCCCAGCUCAGCUGGUAAGGGAGAGAGGUUAAGACUGUAGCCUAGUAGUCCAGGGGGAGGAUUAUAGUCAUUUAGUAUAUUGGGUAGAGGAGAGCCUGGCUUCAUUCACUGUUAUUACUGUGUAUAGUGCUGGCUCUGACCCCCUCCUGCUCCUUAAUUAUAGUGGGGGUGUGACUGCAGACAGUGUUGUGGCGGACUGCAGCCUCAUUGUAUGGGCCCUGCCACCGACCCACCCCCUUCUAAUGAGAGAUCAGUUGCCUGUUGUCCUGCUGUUAAUGAACUCAUUAAUCUACUCUUUAGUAAGCCAGACAUUAGGGCCACCACCAGCCAUGUGUUUGACGUUUUACUGAAUCAGUCCAGGCGUCUGCCCCGCGUCGCCCCAGACUCCCUCCCUCCCCCUCAGUAAUGUGUGACGUGUCGCAGGCAGCGCAGCCACACACACACACACACACACACACACACACACACACACACAGUGGGGCCAUAAAAUUGCUUUGUCACUGCAAUUUCCCUGUCCAUUGGCCGGCACACAAACAGCCCUGUCCCUGAUGCCACUGUAAUUACUUUUAUUUAUGCCCCCCCCCCUCCCCCCAGCAGCCUUGAGGUUCUGGUCAAGGCUGAGUUCUUCGGUGUACAUUUCCCCCUGCGCCCUAUAUUUCACUCUGCACUUUCUCCAUCUCUCUCUUCUUCUGUCACUCAUUCCCUUUCUCUGUCAUUCUGUUUCUGAUCUCACUCUCUUAGUCCCUUCUCUCUCUGGCUCAGUGGUGGAAAAAAAACACACCACUGGCGGCUGUGUCAGCACUUUCUCGUGUGCGUGUAUAUCUGAGGGAGAGAAAGAGAGAGUUGGAAUAAUCGCACUCCUCUCACUUUGACAGACGAUGAUCUUGUACUUCAUAACACUUGCGAUGUUAGAGCAGAAUGCACGGAAAAUACAUUACUGUCUAACUGUAUGCUUUUGUAUUCAGCUUUCCUCCUUUUGACUAAGAACAUAUUUCCCUCAGUGUUUAAGUGUGUGUGCGUUUGUGUGUGUGUGUGUACAUGCUUGCGUCUGCAUGUAUUCCUAUAGGUGUGUGUCUAUAUAGUGUUCCCCUCAACAGUGAAGUACAUGCAUGUGUCUCAGCUCUUCAUGUUGUGCUAUGGUGAUGUCACCUGAUCCCCUAAUGCGAUUGGUCUCUCUUUGUUUCAGAUCGGCUGCCUCCAGUCGGGCGAACAAAGGAGGUGAGACGAGGCUGUUCCUUCCCACAAUCCUUCACCCCUGUGCCUACUGAUCCGGACCACUGCCCCUGCACUCGCUCUGCCUCUCCCUUCUCCCUUCUCCCCACUCUCUUUCUCUCUCACUGCUCUUGUUUCUCUCUCUCUGUCGCUCCACCCUGGGGCAGGCAGGCUGUGGGGCAGGCAGGCUGUGGGGCAGUAGGAGCAGGGAAGCAGUAGGGGCUGAUUGAUGCUCUGUGGGGAUGAGACCUGGCUGUUGAAGGCCAGUGGAGACGGCCCCCAUUCUCCGCUCGCCUGGCUUCAUGUGCGUGCCUGCAGGCUGCCCUACGCGCAGCAGAGCCACCCCCCACGUCAGCCAUCACGGCGGCCACCCCAAGCCACCCAGACAUGCCCACCGAGACCCUGACGCCGCUGGCAGAUGGCAAGCCCCCCGGCCCCGGGGCGGCCUUUGCCUCCACCGUCCCACUGCGCAUACUCAACAAAGGGCCCAACUACUUCCGGCGCCAGGUGGAGCCCAACCCUAAGCGGCUGAGCGCUGUGGAGCGACUGGAGGCGGACAAGUCCAAGUACGUCAAGAGCCAGGAGGUCAUCAACGCCAAGCAGGAGCCUGUUAAGCCCUUGCUGCUGGCCAAGCCGCCUGUCUGCCCUGCCGUGGCUAAGAGAGGGGCGAAUGGCGGCAGUGGUGGUGGGGCGGACCUCAAGGCAUCCAACAACAACUCCAAGUCAGACACAUGCACCACCACCAGCAAACGGGAGAACCUCAACCUGGAGAUCCUUAAGAACCUCCUGAAUAGCUCCGGCUCAACCUCUGAGGGCCACGCUAAGAGCGCUACUCUAAAGCCCGGGGCCAAGAGCUGGGCCCCCCACUGCUCCAUCCCCACCACCACGGACUGCUCUGAGCCCACCAGCCUCCGUUCCUUCUCUGAGUCCCUCAAGGUACCUCCCCCUGCACCUGGCCGACGGAGCCCCCAGGGGGGCAACCUUAACCUCAGCCGCCGCCUGCUGGAGGAGCGGGGCGAGGGCGACCGCUCACCCCUCCACGCCUCCCACAGCUCCUCCGACAUUCGCAGGCUCUGCAACGGUAAGCCUCUAAGGGCGGCCCGAAGUAGCAGCAGCUCCGCACCUCCCUUACCCCCCAAGCCCAGACCCAAAGUCCUGGCCCCCCUCUGCGACAAUGCCCCCCAGGCCCCCGAGAGGGAGCCCACCCCCACGCCGCCCACCUCUGCCACCCCAGCUGAGCAGUUGGAGCUAGAGCUGGGGUCCUCUGUGGCCCGCCGGCCGUCCCUGCAUCGCUCCAAGUCGGACCUGAGCGACCGGUACGCGCGAGCCGGCGCUGACGUGGAGCGUUUUUUUAACUACUGUGGGCUGGACCCCGAGGAGCUGGAGAGUGUGGGCGUGGAGAGCUUCGCCCGUGCCAAUUCCGACAUCAUCUCCCUCAACUUCCGCAGCGCCAGCAUGAUCAGCUCGGACUGCGACCAAUCACGGCACAGCAACGAGGAUAUGACGGACGAGGAGGAAGAUGCGAGCGAACGCGUGCCUUACGGGAUCUCGGCCGUGGAACGCAAUGCCCGCGUCAUCAAAUGGCUGUACAGCAUCAAACAGGCACGCGAGUCGCAGAAAGUAUCUCAUGUCUAAAAGAGGGAAGAAACAAACUAUUAGACGGUCCUUGCAAAAAAAUUAAAUAAAUGACUUCUGAUGCAAUGAAGGUCUUUGGACACUUGCGCACUGAAUCUCUCUGAAUGUCAAAGUAUUGAUCUGGCAAGGCGCACGUGGAUGGCUCUUGCGGUCGCUUUCGCGUUCAGUGUUUGUUGUCCUCUGAAUCUGCAUGACUCCUCCCACCCACCCCGCCAGUGCGGCCUCCAGCUAAAGCAGCAGGUUUAGGAAAAAAAAGCCUUUUUCAAGAUGGCUGCCGUUCAGUGCCGUCUCUUCGAGCAGUGCAGCUCUCUCUCAUCGUUUUGCUUUCUCUGUUUAGACCAGCACUAUGAUGCCAGCUCUUUUUAGGUGUGUCUUCUUAAUGUCCUUUCUUUCUGAACAACACUAAGCCUGGAAGCCAUACGGGUGUGAAUGCAGCGCUUCAGUGUGUAACCAGUCUUUAGUCUGAUAAUUCUCUCUGAUGCAUCUGAGCUUUGUGUGUGUAUAGAAAAAAACUCCCCUGAAAAAAGGACUGUGGAAGCAUGGUACAGUCCAAACCUGCCUCACCCCUUUGGUACCAGGAGAGUUUGUUUGGUACAUUCCAUACCCAGACCCUGCCCCCUUCCUGGGGAAACCCCAUCUUAACCCCUCUCUCAGCGUUACUAUGGCGAUAACGUUCUGGCAGCAUCAUGAAACCAUUCAGCAUUAUGUGGUUUUUGCUUCUGUUUAGUUUGUUGUCCAUAACGUUCUUAUUGACAGUUGGAUUUUGUGGUACUGGCUUUACUUUAAGAUGUGUGUAAAUGCUGUAAGAAAAUGUAUAUACACAUUAUAAUUUUUUUGAUUUUUGUCAGAGGGCACCUGUCAAGCUAACUUACUACAUUGU